CGCCGUCGCGGCUUCCGGUGCUUGGUGGAGGGAAGGAAGGAGGAAGCCGGGGGAGCGGGGCCCGGGGCAGCAGCCGAACCGAAAUCGGCUGGGGGGAGCGGAGCGACAGUCGGCCGGAACCUGCGGGGGCGGAGGCUGCGGCCGCGGCGGCGGAGCUGGAAGCGGGAACAGGACCAAGGCCUCCACACCAGGGACCAGGCCCGACCCAGACUGCCACUGCUGCCACUCCGGGGCCUGCUGUGCUUAGCGCGCCACUGCCGUGACCAUGGGUAACAUCUUCGGAAACCUCCUCAAGAGCCUGAUCGGGAAGAAGGAGAUGCGCAUCCUGAUGGUGGGCCUGGACGCCGCGGGGAAGACCACUAUCCUGUACAAGCUCAAACUCGGGGAGAUCGUCACCACCAUCCCCACCAUCGGGUUCAAUGUGGAGACAGUAGAAUACAAGAACAUCAGCUUCACAGUUUGGGAUGUGGGUGGCCAGGACAAGAUUCGCCCUCUCUGGAGGCACUACUUCCAGAACACCCAAGGAUUGAUAUUUGUGGUCGACAGUAAUGACCGGGAGCGCGUCAACGAGGCCCGGGAGGAGCUGAUGAGGAUGCUGGCAGAGGACGAGCUCCGGGACGCUGUGCUGCUCGUCUUCGCAAACAAACAGGACUUGCCCAAUGCGAUGAACGCCGCUGAGAUCACAGACAAGCUGGGCCUGCACUCACUGCGCCACCGCAACUGGUACAUUCAGGCCACCUGUGCCACCAGCGGGGACGGGCUGUACGAAGGCCUGGACUGGCUGGCCAAUCAGCUCAAGAACAAGAAAUGAGCCGGGCAGCCCGUCCAGCCGCCCCAGCCGUCCCACGUACCUCCUGUACCCCGCCCCUGCCCUGCCCGUCCCUCCUGUUGCCAGUGUGGCCAGGGCCCUGGGUAUCGUGUCCGCAUGCCCGACAAGAGCCGAGUCUCCCCUGCCCCUUUUCUCUUCCGUCCAUCCACAUGACCGGGCCCCAACUGCUGUCCUGAUGGUGAAUCAUUCCAAUUUACUGGAUUUAAAACAAAAACAAGGUUGUUAUGGUUUCA